AUGAAGAAUGGAAAAUCUGGUGGAGAUGACGGGUUUAGCGCAGAAUUGCUGAAAUAUCUUCCUCCGUCAAGGAUUCGUGAGAUGACAAAGAUCAUUCGUUCAAUAUGGAUAGACGAAAGGAUACCUGAUUCGUGGAGACACGCUAUCAUAAUUCCCCUCACCAAGAAAUUAUCCGUCAUGGACCCUAGGAAUUAUCGAGGAAUCUCUUUGCUGCGUGUUAUGUACAAGGUAUUGGAGCGCAUUAUCCUGGACCGACUCACUAGACAUCGCGAAGAAACAAAGCGCUACAAGCAAGCUGGAUUUCCCGGGUUCGACUCUCCUCACCGAGGCCGUCUUCUCAACGCGUUCCGCGCCGAUGGAGUACCGGGAAAGUUGGUUCGCUUGCUUGAUGACAUGAUUCAACGAACAACUGCUGUUCGAACACCAGCCGGAUGUACAACACCGUUUGAGGUGGUAACUGGAGUAAGACAAGGGGCAGUGGCUGGACCCUUCUUGUUCAACUUCCCCAUCGAUGAUAUUAUGCGAGGAACAGUAGAUCAGUGUCAUGCCGAUAUCAUUCUAGCAUCAUCAGAACACCCCUUGACCGAUCUCGAGUACGCUGACGAAGUUGUUAUAUUCACGGGAAGCAGCACGAAACUUCUGCAUUUUGUCAACCUUGCAUCGAAGCUGGCUGCAGCCUAUGGACUACGUCUACGCCCUGAUGAAUGCAUGCAGAUGUGGAUUUCUUUGAGACCUCGAACGGGAAUCAGGGUGGACGGACAACCGAUCGAACUCUUCGAUGAGUUCUGCAACCUGGGCUGA